UCCAUUGACCUCUCACUCCACUCGAUACACCUCUCUAAACAAUGGAAAAGAUUGAGCACAGCUACGAACAAGCUAAAGGACUAAAGCUUCAUGUGGACCAGAUUGGAACUGGUCCUAAGGUGGUGGUAUUCAUGUAUGGAUUCCCUGAAAUUUGGUAUUCAUGGCGGCACCAGAUGGUUGCAGUUGCUAAUGCCGGCUACCGAGCUAUUUCUUUUGAUUUUAGGGGCUAUGGACUCGCAGAGCAUCCACCAGAACCAGAGAGGGCAACUUUUAAUGACUUUGUUGAUGAUGUGACUGCCCUUUUCGAUUCUUUAGGCAUCAGUAACGUACCGUUUUUAUCGAAUUUGAUAUGUUACAGGACUUGAUCCCGGCAUAAAUAUUCAUCUUUUUCAACAGUUGAAACAGGCACAUCUUGUUUCCAAGGAUUUCGGGGCUUUCGUAGCCUCCAUGAUGGGCGUACUCCACCCUGAAAGAGUGUCUACCAUCAUUUUACUGGGCGUUCCUUUCCUGCUACCAGGCCUCUCUCCACUCCAAACUCAACUUCCUCUCAUUCCAUCAGACUUCUAUAUGCUAAGAUGGCUGAUGAGUGAGUACUACAAAUUAAGCUCGACUUUGUCAUGUCCAUCAUGUUGUGUGCUGUAAAUCCCCUUCCCUGCAGAUACCGGGGAGAGCUGAAGCCGAUUUUGGCCGCUUCGACUCAAAGACAGUAGUGCGCAAGAUUUAUAUUAUGUUCUCCGGAAGUGAAUCCCCAGUUGCAGCUUCUGAUAAUCAAGAGAUCAUGGAUUUGGUCGACUCAUCUACUCUUCUGCCACCACGGCUGAGCGAGGAAGAUAUUGCAGAGUAUGGAUCUUUAUACGAUAAAAGCGGAUUCCGUACCGCACUGCAAGUUCCAUACAAGAACCAUGAAACUAUAGUCAAACCAAUCUUUUGUCAUAUAAUUUAUUGUAUUUUGCCCAAAUAUAUGGUCUUUACUUGUAGGACCAUGAUGCAGUCCUGUGGGCUGGAUGAUGGGAAAAUCAGUGCUCCAGGACUUUUGAUCAUGGGAGAGAGAGACUAUCUCAUGAAAUUCCCAGGUCUGGAAGACUACAUUAAGACUGGCUAAGUCAAGGAGUUUGUGCCCAAUUUGGAGGUUACAUUUUCUUCGGAAGGCACCCAUUUCAUCCAAGAACAGCUUCCUGAGGAGGUGAAUCAACUCAUCAUCUCCUUCCUCGACAAACACAGUGAAUAAAGGAACAACUCCAUGAGCUAUAAAAUGCAUGGUUGAAGCUUACGUUUGCAAUGAGAAUAGAAGAGGUAAUUGUCAAAUCUGAGUGUAUUUGAAGAAUCACUGCAGUUCCAGUCUAACAUUAGUAUAAACAAUCCGAAACUUAAUAGAUGGUUCAACCCAUCUCAUAAUAGCAAAUACUUCAUUGCAAGUGUUAUCCAAGUGCAUAUUUGUUCCAGAAAAGUAGGCAAGCAAUACCUUUUGAUUACUGUAUUAGUUUACAAUUAGAGUUCAUUUGCCGGGAAUCUGGAGCCUAAGGGCUCAAUCAUGUAUAGGAAAAGGUAUAUCAUACCUAGGGACGG